GUUGAUUUCAGUGACCCGGUAGGGGAUAGAGGGGGAUCGUUAAGGUCAGUCGAACAUGGCGUGGAGGGGCUGUUUUCUUAGAUGGACUAAAGGAGAUAUAUUGAUCUCCACUACACGGGGAAACAGGUCUCCGCUCUGCUGCGAGCAGAGACGCGGCUUCCGGAAAGCUCCGAAAAAGACAGAGGCCAAGACGGAGGAGGCAGAGCCUCCCAUUUCACCCAUUUCACCCAUUUCACCCAUUCCCCCGAGCUCGUAUGGAAGGCUGGUGAAGCCUCUGGUGUUCACAGUUGGGUUUACAGGCUGCUCGUUUGGCACGGCGGCGAUCUGGCAGUACGAGUCCGUGAAGUCGCGAGUGCAGAGCUUCGUGGAUGAGGCACGGGUCGAGUGGCUGGAGAAACUGCGCCCGCGGAAACAAAAUGGCGACCAGAGAGAGAACGAGGACGACACCGCGUACUGGCACAGCUGGUGGAACCGGCUGUCGGAUUUCCAGAAACAGGCGAUCGUCAUUCUGUUUCAAGUGAACCAGUGGUGGGACAAUCUGACUCAGGGACAGCGGACCGUCUCAGGGAUCAUAGCAGUGAAUGUCUUGGUGUUCUGCUGCUGGAGAAUUCCCUCCCUGCAGAGAACUAUGGUCAAGUACUUCACUUCUGACCCUGCCUCCAAGGCGCUGUGUCUUCCCAUGGUCCUCUCCACCUUCAGCCACUACUCCCUGCUCCACAUGGCAGCCAACAUGUACGUGCUGUGGAGCUUUUCCUCCAGCAUUGUGUCCCUGCUUGGCCCGGAGCAGUUCAUGGCCGUCUACAUGUCCGCAGGUGUGAUCUCCACGCUCGUCAGCCUUGUUGCCAAGACAACCUCAGGACGCUUGGGCCCUUCUCUCGGGGCGUCUGGAGCCAUAAUGGCGGUCCUGGCCGCAGUUUGUACGAACACGCCCGAAGCCAAGCUGGGUAUCAUCUUCCUGCCCAUGUUCACCUUCACUGCAGGCAAUGCCCUAAAAGCUAUUCUUGCUAUGGAUACGACCGGCUUGAUUUUGGGAUGGAGGAUGUUCGACCAUGCGGCUCACCUGGGAGGAGCCCUCUUCGGAGUGUGGUACAUCCAAUACGGUCACAAGCUGAUCUGGAAGAACCGUGAGCCUCUGGUGAAGAAGUGGCACGACUUGCGGACCAAGGGCCCAGGCAGGGGCGGGGCUGUCUAGGCCCCUGGGGGCCGAGCCAGGGGCUGACGCAGGUGCGGGACACCAUUGGACAGACAGAUACAGGGAUCCCUGCGUGGGGAUUGGACGGGACACUGACAGGGGGGCGGGGUUGAGAAUGCCCACGAGACUAGAAGUCUGUUGGUGCCAACAGCAGAAACAUACGCGACUCCUGAAUUCGGGAUUUUAAGUGACUGCCCCCCCUCUUGCACCGAUGAGCCCAGCGUAGGGGCGAUUGAAACCCGUCUGACUACACUCUGACUUCCCCCCACAGAGGAGGACUGGGUCGGGGGUGGAGGGGGUAUUUAUAUGGUUUUUGAUGUCACAGAAGAGCCACGGGGAUAAUUUUGAAGUGGGUGGAGGAACCCGGUUGUUGUAGUGGGUGAGGGUUCUCGUGUGGGAACCCGGCUGUAAUAGUGGGUGAGGGUUCUCCCCACUGCGUACCCGUGUGAAAUGGAGUCUGCAGUGGGACGCAAGACCAGUUAGGAGGGGGGGUCAUCCCUGUUUUGUUUGUGGGUGAAGGACUGAGAGUGACUUCAUUUUCAACCGCAACAGUGGCAAUAAAACCUCCCUCCCAUCCUCAGGAAA